GAGUCUGAUGGAGAGCAAGUUUCUGUCAUUGUGGUAAAAUGUGUAAAGUCCAGAUGCUGAGAGCGUUGGUGAAGCAGCGACUAACUGCGGCUGCUGAAGAGAUAUGUGGGCUGUUUGAAAGAACGAUAGCAGAGUACGAGGAGGAACUCUCUCGAUCAAAAGAGGAGAACGAGCGACAACAGAAACUACUGGACGCUGUUUUACACCCUCAGCUUCAGUUACACAGAGCAGACGUCCAGCAGCUGUUGGUGGUUAAAGAGGUUCCCCCUGAGCAGCAGGAGUGGAGCUCCAGUCUGGACCAGGAGGACCCAGAGCCCCCACACAUUAAAGAGGAACAUGAGGAACUCUGGACCAGUCAGGAGGGAGAGCAGCUUCAAGGACUGGAGGAGGCUGAUAUCAGCAAGUUCCCAUUCUCUCCUGUCUCUUUGAAGAGUGAAGAUGAUGAAGAGGAACCUCAGUACUCACAGCUUCAUCAAAGACAAACUGAACAGAUGGAAACAGAAGCUGAUGGAGAGGACUGUGGAGGACCAGAACCAGCCAGGAACUCAGACGAAGAUGCACAUUUUCAACCAGAUACUGAUGACAAGACUGGAGACUCUUCUAUGCCUGAUACUGAUAACAUUAAUGACUGGAAGGAGACUAGAGAACCUCAGUCAGGUUUAAACUCUUUGACCAAUGAUGAAGUUCCUGUCAGUGAUUCAAGAUGUAGUGCUGGUGAGAAACUAUUUAACUGCUCUGAGUGUGGGAAAGAAUUUCGCUUCAAGGCAAAUCUGAAGACACACAUGAGAUCUCAUACAGGAGAGAAACCUUUCAGUUGCUCGGUUUGUAAGAAAUCUUUUACACAUGGUGGAGUUUUGCAGAAACACUUGAGAAUCCACACAGGAGAGAAACCUUUCAGCUGCUCAGUUUGUGAUAAAGCUUUCAUUGAUAAUGAUCAUCUGAAGACACACAUGAGAUCUCAUACCAGAGAGAAACCUUUCAGUUGCUCGGUUUGUAAGAAAUCUUUUACACAGAGUGCACAUUUAUGGAAACACAUGAGAAUCCACACAGGAGAGAAACCUUUCAGCUGCUCAGUUUGUGAUAAAGCUUUCAUUGUUAAUGAUAAUCUGAAGACACACAUGAGAACUCAUACCAGAGAGAAACCUUUCAGUUGCUCGGUUUGUAAGAAAUCUUUUACAAAUAAUCAAAAUUUACAGAACCACAUGAGAAUCCACACAGGAGAGAAACCUUUCAGUUGCUCGGUUUGUAAGAAAUCUUUUACACAGAGUGCACAUUUAUGGAAACACGUCAGAAUCCACACAGGAGAGAAACCUUUCAGCUGCUCAGUUUGUAAGAAAUCUUUUACACGGAGUGAAAAUUUACAGAAACACAUGCGCAUCCACACAGGAGAGAAACGAUUCAGUUGCAGUGUUUGUAACAAAAGAUUUGCUAGGCUUCAACAGGUCAAAACACAUAAAUGUGUUGGUGUCCUCACAGCUUCAUCAAACUCAAACUGAUGAGAACAGAGAGGCAGAGCCUCCAGUCAGCACCGCAAUUGAACAGAUUGAAACAGAAGCUGAUGGAGAGGACUGUGGAGGACCAGAACCAGCCACGAACUCAGAUCCAGUUACACAUUUACAACUAGAUACUGAUGACAAGACUGGAGACUCUUCUCAACCUGAGACUGAUGACAGUGACAACAGAGAUUUUUAGAAAGAGAGCAGUGGACAUCUGUCAGGUUUAAAUACUCAAAAAUCACAAGAAUGAGAAUGUCAAUAAGAAGUCAUUCUUCUUCCUCUGCUGUGAGCAAACAGCAUUUAGAGUUGGGCAUGGUUUCAGUUUUAGACUUCUCACAGGCUGUAUGUAAAGGGCUCUGUUUGAUAUUAAUAGUUUCAUCCAUGCAGUUGGCUCAGAUUAAAAUUGAAAAUGAAGUAGGGAGACUUCUGGUCUGAUAUUUGUUAUGAAGGUUUAUGGUUUUCUUUUACUUUCCUCUUUUGUCUCGGUCUCACUGUGAGGGGAAACUUUUAUAGCUUGACAUGAGAAGAAUCUCCUAAACAACUUUAAAUUGGGUCAUUCACAGUGUUUCCUGGUUUAUUAAACUGCUUUUAUUGUCUGUAUGCAUGUGAAAUGAUAAUUGAGUGAUACACUUGACUUAUUUGCUGUAGUUUGUUAUCUGGAGAUAAGUUGAUGUUUUGAUGGAUUGAUCUGAUUUUAUAUGAUUGUGUGAUAUACUUUUAAUAGACUUUACAUAUUUUGAUCUGUUUGGAGAAUAUUUACAACAUAGAAAAGUGAAUAUCCUCCCAUACACUGUCCCUUUUUCUGUUUUCAUAUAUAUACUGUAUAUAUUCAUGAAUGUUUAUUGAAAUGUGGUGAGGUACAAGGAGCCCUCUAUGUACAGAUCUCCACAGAUAGCAACGGUCUUUUACAACAUUAAACUGUCUAAUAAAAGAUUCAGACAAACCAAUUUGGCGGCAACAGAAACCAAUGAAAUAUAUCUUCCAUUUGAAACUUAAGGGAAAGGGAAACAAACUACUUUCAUCUUUUGAAUUUGGACAGCUAUGAAAAUGGAAUAACAUUUGUGUCUUUCUUCAAACUGAGUUGGUUGAAUGAAUAAAAAGUGUUUCCCGAACUGAAGGACGUAAUAAAGGGAACACAAGAACCGAAA